AGCAGCCAUAAACAAGAUUUACUCUCGAAAAUUCCACAACUUCACUGAACACACCACACUUUGCAAAUAUGGCACCAAAGACGAAAAUUUUCUCGCUAGAGGGGAAGGGGUUGAAGCUGGACACGAAGGAGGAUGUUGAGGUACAUAUCAAGGCCCUCAGAGAGAUGGACGACGUGGAGGAGAUUCGAUUGCUGGGGAAUACUUUGGGAGUGGAGGCCUGCAAAGUGCUCGGAGAGGUUCUGGAAACCAAGAAGUUAUUACAGAUCGCGAACCUGGCAGAUAUAUUUACAGGACGACUCCUCAACGAAAUCCCACAAGCACUCUCCCAUCUCCUUACAUCACUGCUCACCUUACCGAAACUGCAUACUGUCAAUCUCAACGAUAACGCCUUUGGACUGAACACCCAAGCUCCCCUUGUGGCCUUCCUCUCGUCGCACGUGCCUCUUCAACAUCUCAUCCUCAAUAAUAAUGGACUUGGUCCUCAUGCCGGAAUCUUGAUUGCAGAUGCGCUUUCUGCUUUGCAUGCCAAGAAAGAGGAGGCACGGAAAGCAGGAAAGCAAGUCCCAGAUCUUGAGACCGUAAUCUGUGGCCGCAAUCGACUCGAAAACGGUAGCAUGACAGCAUGGGCGAAAGCAUAUAGCUUGCACACGGGUGUUAAGGAGGUCAAGAUGGUUCAGAAUGGUAUUCGACAAGAGGGUAUCUCUCACCUUCUUACAGACGGUCUGAGACAUGCGAGGGGUAUCAGGGUGCUGGAUUUACAGGAUAAUACGUUCACGAUACUUGGUGCCAAGGCUUUAGCGACUGUUGCCCCUGGUUGGACUGAGAUUCAGGAACUUGGCGUUGGAGAUUCGUUGUUGAGCGCCAAGGGUGGUGUGGCCGUUGCUAAUGCGUUGGCGAAGGGAGGAAAUAAGAAACUUGAGACGCUGAGAUUGCAGUACAAUGAUAUCACGGCGAAGGGUUUGGAAGCUUUUACGAAUGCAGCUAAGAAAGCCUUGCCGGCAUUGAAGAAGAUCGAGCUCAACGGAAACAAGUUCUCUGAGGAGGAUCAGUCGAUCAUGAUCUUGAGAGAGCUUUUGGAGGAGCGUAAGGAGAAGUUGGCUGGCGAAGUCAUUAUGGAAGAUGAUUGGGGUCUUGACAGUCUCAGCGAUCUCGAAGACGAAAGCGAUGAAGAGUCCGAGGAGGAGGAAGAGGAAGAGGAAGCCGAGGAGUUGAGAGAGAAGCUUUUGGAGGAGGCAGAGGAAGCUCAAGAAGAGCCAGUUGCCCAGGAGGACGAUAGCGAGGUCGAUGCGGUCGCUGACAAGCUUGCCAAGACCGAGAUCUGAGUAUAGAAAGCGAUUGCUAGGAGUUUCUGAUCUUGGUGGCACGGUAUACCCCUUCGACAUUUUCGUAUGUCCUUUCAUCCGUCGAGCGUAGCAUACAAAGACAAGAUUGCGAUGCACAUAGACCAAUAAACCGACCCAUAUCCUGAACUGCUUCGACCUAGGCUAUGGUGCGCAUGUCAUAUCCUUUGGAACAAGGUUCCCAUCUGCCGUUUGAGUUUGUGUUCAUAUUUGUAUGGCUUCAAGCAGAGAAAUUUCGAAAUUGAUAUCAACGUUUCAUCUGUCUCGACGCAGACAGAAAAAGCGC